GCCAACAAGUGAGGAAUUGGGGACAGGGUCAUCUUCUGGACACAAUGCAGAUAGACUUCAACAUUUCUAUCCAUGGAGUCUCUGACUGGAUGAGAUUGCUGCUAUCCAUGUUUUGGUGCCAUCAUCACUUUUAAGAAGCUGUAGUUUGGAGGCUGUCUACUGCUUCUACCUUUCACUGGAAGUAUCUAGGGUCAGCAAUACAAGGCCAUAAGUGAAAAUCCAACCCUUACGAAAUUGCUUCCCCUGGAAAAUCUUCACAAUAUUUUAUUUCCUUCUCAGAUAAAGGUCUCUGUAUUCUUAGGGAUAGGUAAGAUCUUACCUCUCCAAUUUAGAGUUUUCUCUCUUGUGGAAUUUACUGGCUUCAGUGACUGUUAAAGAGCCAUUCUCUCUCCUGUAGGUGGCUUUAAUAUUUUUGUUUUCCCAAAGGAGAAAAUAAGCACUACUUUCAAAAAUGGACUUUUCACUCCACUCUGCCUCUUUCACCUUGAAGGUGACCUUAUUGUUGGGAUCCUUUCUCAGCCUCUGUCUUGGCCUUGAGUUUAUGGGCCUUCCAAAUCAGUGGGCUCGUUACCUCCGCUGGGAUGCAAGCACAAGAAGUGACCUAAGCUUCCAACUGAAGACAAACAUCUCAGCUGGGCUCCUUCUCUACUUUGAUGAUGGUGGUGUCUGCGACUUUCUCUGUUUAUCCCUGAUGGAUGGACGCAUUCAGCUGCGGUUCAGUGUAGACUGUGCUGAGGCUACAAUUGUUACAGAAAAGCAGGUCAAUGACAGCAAUUUACAUUUUUUGAUGGUUAGUCGCAACCAUCUCCGGACAGUUCUGGUUCUUGAUGGUGAAGCCAAACCUGGUGAGGUGCGUCCACAACGUCAGUAUAUGAAUAUUGUUAGUGACCUCUUUUUGGGAGGUGUCCCAUCAGAUAUCCGUCCUGCAGCCUUAACCCUUGAGGGUGUCCUGGGUGAGCCACCAUUUAAAGGAUUUAUCAUGGACCUGAAAUACGGCAAUUCAGAACCUCAGCUUCUGGGACACCAAGGAGUCCGCCUGGACCUGGAAGGGUUGUGUACAGAGAAUCCUUGUGAAAAUGGUGGAACUUGCUUUCUUCUGGAUGGUGAACCACAGUGUGAUUGUUCAGCCACUGGAUACAUUGGGAAACUCUGUUCUGAAGAUGCCAGUCAUGUUCCAGGCCUUUCACAUCUGAUGAUGAGCGAACAAGGUAGAAGUAAAGCAAGAGAUGAGAAUGUAGCCACUUUCCGUGGCUCCGAGUACCUGUGCUAUGACCUCUCCCAGAACCCCAUUCAAAGCAGCAGUGAUGAAAUCACACUGUCCUUCAAGACAUGGCAGCGCAAUGGCCUUAUCCUGCACACGGGCAAGUCGGCUGAUUAUGUCAACCUGGCUCUGAAAGAUGGCGCCGUCUCACUGAUCAUUAACUUGGGAUCUGGAGCCUUUGAAGCCAUUGUGGAGCCAGUCAGUGGCAAAUUUAAUGACAACCAAUGGCACAACGUAAAAGUGACUCGCAACCUGCGGCAGGUGACAAUCUCUGUGGAUGGAAUCCUCACCACUACUGGCUACACACAAGAGGAUUAUACUAUGCUUGGCUCAGAUGAUUUCUUCUAUGUCGGUGGAAGUCCCAGUACAGCUGAUUUACCUGGAUCUCCUAUCAGCAAUAAUUUCAUGGGUUGUCUGAAGGAGGUUGUUUAUAAAAAUAAUGAUAUUCGUCUGGAGUUAUCUCGUUUGGCAAGGAUUGGCGACACAAAAAUGAAAAUCUACGGGGAGGUGAAAUUUACAUGUGAGAAUGUGGCCACAUUGGAUCCAAUCAAUUUUGAAAAUCCCGAGGCCUAUAUUAGUCUGCCUAAGUGGAACACCAAGAGAAUGGGGUCUAUCUCUUUUGACUUCCGCACUACAGAGCCCAAUGGCCUUAUUCUUUUCACUCAUGGUAAACCCCAGGAAAGGAAAGAUUCCAGAAGCCAGAAGAACACCAAAGUGGAUUUCUUUGCAGUAGAACUCCUGGAUGGAAAUCUCUACCUUCUUCUUGAUAUGGGCUCUGGAACUGUCAAAGUAAAGGCAACACAGAGGAAAGCCAAUGAUGGAGAAUGGUAUCAUGUUGAUAUACAGAGAGAUGGUAGAUCAGGUACCAUUUCAGUGAACAGCAGACGGACCCCUUUCACUGCAAGUGGAGAGAGUGAGAUCUUGGAUCUUGAAGGAGACAUGUACCUGGGAGGAUUGCCGGAAAAUCGGGCCGGCCUUGUCCUUCCUACUGAGCUGUGGACAGCUAUGUUGAACUAUGGUUAUGUGGGCUGUAUCCGAGACCUCUUCAUUGAUGGCCGGAGCAAGAACAUCCGGCAGCUGGCAGAGCAGCAGAAUGCAGCUGGUGUCAAGUCUUCCUGCAUUAGGGUCAACACCAAACAGUGUGAUAGUUAUCCCUGUAAAAACAAUGCUGUCUGCAAGGAUGGCUGGAACCGCUUCAUUUGUGACUGCACAGGCACUGGCUACUGGGGAAGAACAUGUGAACGGGAGGCCUCCAUCCUGAGUUAUGAUGGCAGCAUGUAUAUGAAAAUUGUUAUGCCUAUGGUCAUGCAUACAGAGGCUGAGGAUGUGUCCUUCCGCUUCAUGUCCCAGCGUGCAUAUGGUCUGCUGAUGGCCACAACAUCACGUGAUUCAGCCGAUACACUACGACUUGAACUAGAUGGAGGCCGGGUCAAACUCAUGGUCAAUCUAGACUGUAUCAGGAUAAACUGUAACGCCAGUAAAGGACCAGAAACCCUUUAUGCUGGGCAAAAACUCAAUGAUAAUGAGUGGCACACAGUCCGUGUGGUACGCCGAGGAAAGAGUCUCAAACUUACAGUUGAUGAUGAUGUUGCGGAAGGUACAAUGGUUGGUGACCACACUCGCUUGGAGUUCCACAACAUUGAGACUGGGAUAAUGACAGAGAAGCGUUACAUCUCUGUCAUUCCUUCCAGCUUCAUUGGCCACCUUCAGAGCCUCAUGUUCAAUGGCCUUCUCUACAUUGACUUAUGCAAGAAUGGAGACAUUGACUAUUGUGAAUUGAAAGCCCGAUUUGGGCUCCGUAACAUCAUUGCUGAUCCUGUUACCUUCAAGACCAAGAGCAGCUAUCUGAGCCUAGCAACCUUGCAGGCCUAUACCUCCAUGCAUCUCUUCUUCCAGUUCAAGACAACGUCUGCCGAUGGUUUCAUCCUUUUCAACAGUGGGGAUGGAAAUGAUUUCAUUGCAGUUGAGCUGGUCAAGGGGUAUAUCCAUUAUGUGUUUGACCUUGGAAAUGGACCUAAUGUUAUCAAGGGCAAUAGUGAUCGCCCAUUGAAUGACAACCAGUGGCACAAUGUAGUUAUCACCAGAGACAACAGCAACACCCAUAGCCUAAAAGUGGAUACCAGGGUUGUUACUCAGGUCAUCAAUGGUGCCAAAAACCUUGACCUUAAGGGCGACCUGUACAUUGCUGGACUGGCUCAAGGAAUGUAUAGCAAUCUCCCAAAGCUGGUAGCAUCCAGAGAUGGAUUUCAGGGCUGCCUAGCAUCAGUGGACUUGAAUGGACGUCUACCAGAUCUCAUUAAUGAUGCUCUGCACCGCAGCGGACAGAUUGAGCGGGGAUGUGAAGUUGAGUUGACCAAAGCUGACCUGCAAGGACCAAGCACCACCUGUCAAGAAGAUUCCUGCGCCAACCAAGGCAUCUGUAUUCAGCAGUGGGAAGGCUUCACUUGCGAUUGUUCCAUGACAUCAUAUUCUGGAAAUCAGUGCAAUGACCGUGAGUACCACUUUUUACAAUAA